AUGGAUCUGAUUCCAUCGAGUAUGAUGAAGACAAUGCUCACUCCAGUUGCUUCUCCAAAUCUUCGGUUUGCCCUAAAGCUUCUUCGAUAUGCGUACCCGACAAUCGUCUUUUCCUAUUUCUUCAUCGCACUCGGGAUUACCGUAUGCUAUAUGCAGGCAGAGAAAUCGCGUAUCCGAGACCAGUUUGUCCGUCGUGGAAUGAUAUUGUGGUUAAUCGCCAGUCUUACUGGAACAUAUGCUGUCGAGAUCGUCGUUGCUAUUAUCAAAUCGUUGGUAGAAGAAGGAUGGGAUCCUGGACAGGACCGUGUUGUUUACCUCAUCUCAUCAACCCUGGUUUUCCUGGUUGAGAUAAUCGCGCUCGCAGACACGAAAGUCCCGACUUGGUACCCAUACUAUGGAACUUGGUUCAUCGGUCUCUUCGUGGAACUCUGCCUGGCCAUUUUUCCAAAUGUGUUUUUCCCACCAACCAACUCGACAUUCGACUAUAUACUCAUUACUUUACAAGCUAUAAGAAUUUUCAACCUCAUCGCCCUACCUGUUGUCUACUUUUAUCUCCACAAUUCUGGCAAGACUCAUGAUCCUAGUGAUACAGAGAGACAAUCGCUAUUGAAGAAAACUUCCGCUCCAUCUAGCUCCGAAAGUUCCACGCUGAAUGGGAAUGGAUAUGGUGCAACGGAUGAAGUAACUGUUCAAGGUGCUCAAAGUGCAGAGGAUGGGUCGGAUACUGCUAGUGUGACUUCGGAAGAUUCUUAUCUAGAACAGCAGCGCCAGUCAAAAAAGGCUGUUGCGAAUAGAUUGAAGCAGGAUGGCAACUGGUGGGCCUACCUUAGAGGUUUUUCUAUGCUUAUUCCCUUCCUUUGGCCAGUGAGUGACAGAAAACUUCAAUUUCGGGCCGUUCUUGUUGGCAUUGCCAUGCUGUCAAGCAAUGCCUUCAAUGUCCUUGUUCCAAUACAGUUCGGUAUAAUGGUGCAAAGCUUGAUUACUUAUACUGGGGGCGAUCACAGCCAUAACAUCUGGACACCUGUCCUACUAUACUCGCUUCUAAGGUUUAUCAAUGGUGGCUCGUGUCUCACUGUAGUCCGAGCAUGGCUCUGGACUCCCCUGGAACAGUACGCGUACAAAACACUCAGUUCAGCUGCGCAUAGCCAUAUCAUGAGCUUAUCUUCGGACUUCCAUGACAGUAAAUCCUCUGCGGAUUUGUUUCAGGUAGUCAAUGGGGGUCGAUCUGUUGCAGACUUAAUGGAGACGCUCUUCUUCCAGGUGAUUCCGAUGCUCAUCGAUUUAGUCAUUGCGUUCAUCUAUUUCGGUGCAUUUGGACCCUACAUGUUUCUUGUUUUGGUCGUCACAUUUGUAUCUUACAUGUACACCACCGUAAAGUUGAUCUCUAUGAGAGCCGACCAACGUCGGAAAUAUGUAACCUUUUACAGAAAAGAAUGGACAGUGGGACAAGAGUCGUUAGAUGGCUGGACAACAGCAAAUUUAUUUAACAUGGUGCCUUAUGAGAAUCAACGAUACUCAGGAGUCAUCAAAGAGCAUAUUGACUCCAAAUGGGCUUAUGAAUGGUUCCAUUACAUUACUUCCAUAGCCAAGAGCUUAAUUAUGUGCUUUGGACUGACAGGUGUACUUUGCCUUGGCGUCUAUGCAGUAGUAUAUGAAGGUCAAACCGUUGGAAAGUUCACCACUCUGCUUAUGUUCUGGGGCCAAUUACAAGCUCCAUUGGCAUUCCUUGCUUCUACAUACAAAACGAUCUCUAGCUCUCUAAUGGAUGCCGAGCGCCUUCUGGAAAUAUUCAAGACAGAGCCCUCUAUCAAAGAAGCUCCCGGCGCCAAGGAACUCGAGAUAAGUAAAUGUGAAAUUGAGUUCAAUGAUGUUUGUUUUUCUUACGAUGAGCGAAAGCCUAUUUUGAAGAAUGUCGGUUUCUUUGCUCCAGGUGGGAAGACGAUCGCAUUUGUUGGUGAAACUGGCGGUGGUAAAUCGACAAUGUUGAAAUUGAUGGAUCGUUUCUAUGACGUUAAAUCGGGAAGUAUCAAAAUCGAUGGUCAAGAUAUUCGAGAAAUCACAAUGCACAGUCUGCGUAGCCAUGUUGGUGUUGUUCCACAGGACCCUACUCUAUUUAAUGACACCGUCAUGAACAAUAUUCGAUAUGCUCGUUUAGACGCAACGGACGAGGAGGUAUACGAAGCAUGUAAAGCUGCUGCCGUUCAUGAUAAGAUUAUGAAAUUUGCCAAUGGUUAUAAUUCUAAAGUUGGUGAUCGUGGCGUGAAACUUUCCGGUGGAGAGAAACAACGUGUCGCUAUUGCCCGUGCUAUUCUCAAACAACCAACAAUCAUUCUUCUCGACGAAGCUACCAGCGCCGUUGACACAGAGACCGAACAACAAAUCCAAAAGGGAUUGAGAGCAUUGUGUAAAGGUCGAACAACCUUUGUUGUUGCUCAUCGAUUGUCAACUGUGAUGAAUGCCGACCAUAUUGUUGUGAUUAUGGAUGGCCAAAUAGUCGAACAAGGAUCUCACGAUGAGUUGUUUCACUCCAAGGGAAAGUAUGCAGACCUAUGGGCAAAACAGAUCUUCGUCAAACCUUCGGACAGGAAACCGAGAUCCAGGUCAAGAUCGAAGAGCGCUGCAAAGAAAGAUGCAACCAUCGUCAAUGAUCUCACAACGCAAGACAAGACGGUCGAUCUUGCAAAAGCAGCCAAAGGAGUUGAGGAUCACCACCACGCAAAAGACAAUGAUAAUGAUAAUGGAGAAGGACUCGAUGACGACACAAGCUCCAGCGACCAACCAAAAGAUGAAUCGAAACGCAAAGCGGAGUCAUUCAAACCCGCACUCUUACAACUGAAGACCUAUCCUUCACAUUUCAAAUCUAGUCAUCUCAAUGGACCCAAAUUACCCUCGUCUAAUGUGGAUCUCCGAAAUUUAGUUGUAGCUCAAGCUCAAGCUCAAGCUCAAGCUCAACCUCAACCUCAACCUCAACCUCAAGCUAAACAACAACCUCAAGCACAAGCUAAAGCUCAAGCUCUCACCAACAUUCUUCGCCUUACUCCUAUUCAUCGUCCUGCUCAGCGGCCUGCUGCUAGCGUUGGGGGAAAUGCUCUCUUACGAGAAAAAGUCAGGAAAUAUACAGAUACAAGCAUAGCUUCUACCACCACCUCCAAAACCACCACCACCACUGCAACAGCAGCAGCAGCGACAGUGUCUGAAUUAACUCCGUUGCUUGUUACUCAAGAUUCACGUAUUGGGAUUAAUAAUCGCGAAGCUGCUACUCAAAAUCAAAGUCAAAGUCCCUGGAAAGAAAGAAAAAAGAUGUUUAAAGAAUUGAAAAAAGAAGAGAAAAAACAGAGAAAACAGAAAAAAGGAUUAGCGAAGGAAAAAGAGAAGGAGAAGGAGAAACGGAAAGUGGUUUCUUUGGUUUCUUCUUCUGCUGCUUCUUCUUCGAGGAUUGUUGGUGAGGGGAUCACGGUUGUUUCAAUUGAUACAGGUGCUGGUACAGAGUUUUCUCAGGCGAGUAGUUUGAUACAGAGCGCGAAUGUGAUGGAAACGGAAAUGGGAAUGGGAAUGGGAAUGGGAACGGUUAUUAAAGAUAGGAAUAUGUUUACAGCAGUUGGAGGGGGAGAUGGGGUAAUGGAGACUUAUCCGGAGGAUAUUCAUAUUCCAAACUCGAAGCAAAGGCAGAACCGGGGUGAGGGUGAGAGUGAAGAAGAGGACGAAAUAACCGAUAUCACAGUCCCAGUUCCAGCACAAGUAGCAGCAAACAUGGCAGUAAACUCGCAAUAUUCUCCGAGAAAUAGAAACAGAAACAGAAGACGGGAGUCGAAGAGUGAAGCGGUGGGGUGGAGUGGUGGGUUUGGUAUGGGUUUGGAUGGUAUAGAUGGUGUGGAGAAGGGGAAGGGGGGUAUUGGUGUUAGUGGAAGUGGAAGUGGAAGUGGGACUGGGACUGGAACUGGAGAGAGUAUGGAUAUGUUGGAGAUUGGAUUUUCGCAUGUCGGUGAGGGAGAUAGAGUUGGAGGUGAAGGUGCGAAAAUUACAGCGCGAAAAGGAAUCCUAAAGAAUAGUCUAGGGAAAAAAAGAAGAGUGAGUGCGCCGGCAGGGGAUAGGGAAAGGGAAAAGGUAUUGUGUAUACCGGUACCUGAAUUAGAGAUUGAGAUGGAGAGAGAGAGGGAAUCCCCUACCAGUAUCUCGUCAAACACGGCUACGCAAGCGAAACAGCAUUCACAGUAUUCACAGCGGGAUAAUGCGUGCAGGAAAAUGUAUAUGGCUGGUGGUAUGGCGCGUGGUAUGGGUAGUGGAUUAAUGAGGGGAAAGAGGAUAGGGUGGAGGAUUAGGAGUAGAGUUGUGGAGGGUAUGAGUGCAUUGGGGAAUGGAGAUGCAGAUGGAGAUGGAGAUGGAAGUAUGAAUGGAGAUAAAAGUUUGAAUGGAGCUAAAAGUAAAGGUGUAAAUGCGAGUCAUGUGGGUGGGGGUGAGAGUGGUGGUGGAGUGAAAAUGGGGAUGGAUCUGGAUAUGGAUGGCGCGGGGGGUCUUGAGGGUUGUAAAAUGGCUGGUGGUGAGGGGGGUGGAGAGGGAGGCGGGCAUGGAAAUGGAAGUGGGAAUGUAAAGGGGAAGGGAAAGGGAAAGGCAAGGGGAAGCGUGAGGUUUGCUGAUGAUGCUUAG